AUGCCUGAAAACCGUUCUAAAACUACCACCAGACGCCCGGCUGUAUAUCCACUAUCAACUACGGAAGAUCAGAAUAGUAGGCUAGUAUCUACUAAUACUUUACCUGGUUCUAAAUCGAAGACAAAUAAACAUCUGUCCAAAGUGAAAAAUGACCACUCUAAAAAUAAAACCAAAACACGAUCGAAUCUGAAUGUUAGUGCUGAUACAAAUCCUUCAACUAGUUCCAUAAAGCCACCUAAAAGUAACGAUAGAUCAACUUCCAAUGAUGGAAAGCGAAGUAACUUAGGCACUCGUAGUACAAUUAAAACGGGGAGUAUAUCAACAUUAGAGAAGUCAGAAGGUGUAUGGUCAGAUAUAGAUACUUUAGAUGAUGUAAAAAAGAUGGCUCAAGAUUAUAAAGGUGAUGGCUUUCCCUCAAAUUUCGAAUCAAACUUGGAUCAAAUGCGUCGAUCCAAUGCAAAAUUAUUAACAGCAAUGAGAGACAGGAAUGAAAGAUUACAGAAAGAAUAUGAGGCUCGUACAGAGAAUGAAUGUGCGACUUUUGUAGAUGAUGGUGAAAACUUCUUCGAAGCAAAAAAAGAGAACGAGAUAGAAGAAAAUAACACUAGGAGCCACUAUACGGCGAUGUGUGGGAAUAAGGAUGCAGUAAUCAAUGAACAAGAAGCUCAGUAUGUGGAAGGUGUAAUAGACAUUAUAAAAAAACUACGUCUCCCCAUUACUCCAGGAACAACCGAAGGUGAGUCUUCAGAUAGUCUUGCUUAG